AUUUCUUUUUCGCACCUCGCAUGAAUAGUCUACUAUUUUCUUCAUGGGAUCGGGGACACAUUCAGCUCUCCUUGAUCACUUGCACCAGAUUCUUGCACUCCUCAGUAAUUCAGGACUCUCCACACACUAGCAGUCUCGGAGAUAUCACGUUGGCCUUGGAGAAGCUGUACUUGCCGAUUGAGCCGAAGAGCUGCCAACAGGUUUCGAUUGUGUCUCCAGCUUGUUGCUUUGCUUUUAUUUUCUGACGAGAGUUAGGCUCUUAGUCAUCCGACAUGGAGAUCUACAACCCUUCCUCGCAGAAGCGGUCAAGGAACCCGGAGAUGUCGAUCCCCGCGGGAGUGCGCAUUCGCGGACCCAUGAGGCCGGAAUUUGAGAAGAUUUUCACUCGGGAUGCUCUUGAGUUUGUAGCUGAGUUGGAGAGAAAGUUCAGGCCGAGGGUCAAGUAUAUCUUGAAGUGCAGGGAGGAGCAGCAGGCGCGCUAUGAUGCUGGAGAGCUUCCCAGUUUCGACCCCGCCACGAAGGCGAUUCGCGAGGGAGAGUGGACCUGCAGCUCCCCCCCAGCCGCCAUCGCUGACCGGCGGGUGGAGAUCACUGGCCCUGUUGAGCGGAAGAUGAUUAUCAACGCCCUCAACUGCGGCGCCAAGAUGUUCAUGGCGGACUUUGAGGAUUCUUUGGCCCCUACGUGGGACAACAUCAUCUCCGGGCAAAUCAACCUAAGAGAUGCCGUGAACAGGACUAUCACGUACGAGGACAAGGCUCGCAACAAGACCUACAAGCUGAACAGUAAGACGGCUGCGCUUCUGGUUCGCCCUCGUGGCUGGCAUUUGCAGGAGUCGCAUAUCGAGAUUGAUGGGGAGCCUGCGACAGGCGCUUUGAUCGAUUUUGGAUUUUACUUCUUUCACAACCACGCCAGCUACAGAGCGAAGCAUGGUGGCUACGGACCUUUCUUCUAUUUGCCCAAAAUGCAGCACUCUAGGGAAGCUGCAGUGUGGAAUGCGGUUUUUGACCAUGCUGAGGACGUCUGCGGGGUGCCUCGCGGCAGCAUUCGCGGAACAGUGCUCAUUGAGACACUGCCAGCAGUAUUUCAGAUGCACGAGAUCCUGUACGAGCUCCGCGAGCACUCCGCAGGGCUUAACUGCGGACGUUGGGACUAUAUCUUCAGCUUCAUCAAGACUGUCCGUGCUCAUCCCGACAGGCUACUCCCUGAUCGUGUGCAGGUUGGUAUGACUCAACACUUCUUGAAGAGCUACACGGAGCUGUUGAUUCAAACCUGCCACAAGCGCGGCGUACACGCCAUGGGCGGCAUGGCUGCACAAAUUCCAAUCAAGGACAAUCCCGCCGCAAACGAAGCUGCUGCGGCACUUGUUAAGGCUGAUAAGCUGCGUGAAGUCCUUGCCGGGCACGACGGUACCUGGGCUGCUCACCCAGGCCUCGUCCCCCUGGUGCUCGAAGUAUUCGACCAGAACAUGCCCAAGGCUAACCAGUUACAUGUGAAGCGUGAAGACGUGAAUGUGACCUGCGCAGAUCUUCUGCAGAUGCCCAAGGGGACGAGAACCCUAGAGGGGCUUCGAUUGAACACCAGAGUUGGAGUUCAGUACCUGGCAGCAUGGAUGACAGGAACAGGAUCUGUGCCCUUAUACAAUCUCAUGGAGGAUGCUGCAACCGCUGAAAUCAGCCGCGUCCAGAACUGGCAACAAAUCAAGUAUAAUGCCGUCCUCGAUGGUGGCCUCGUGCCAGGCAUGCGAGUGACGAAGGAGCUGUUCGCCCGGGUGUUGGACGAGGAGCUCGUGCGCAUCGAGAAGGAGGUGGGGCCUGCCAAAUUCGCCAACGGGCGUUACCAGGAGGCGGCCAAGUUGUUUGCCAAGCAAUGCACAGCGCCUGUGUUGGAUGAUUUCCUCACCCUGGAUGCGUACCGCAACAUUGUAACGUUCGCUCCUACUGCUCGCAUGUGAAGCUCUUCCACACGAGUUCGAGGUUGUCUUUGGAUCAUGUGCAGGAUUUGGCUUGCAGAGAACUUGUACAUAGUUCUGAAGCUGAGGGUUUCUUAGUUUGAACAAUGAUGUACCGCUUGGAUACAACCUAGUAGGGUGAGUGAGUGAGUGAGUGAGUGCAUCAAGCACUAUGAGGCAUUGCAAUAAAAAAAUUACUUUGUGGCUGCUCAAACAGUGCGCCACCUCAAGCUCGUUUUUGUGGAUCAAGUCAUAUCUGCAGUUAGGGUUUACUCCUCUCAAAAGCAUCAAUUCUUACUACCCUCAAUAAUAAGUAAAAGCAAAGUCUGCGAACUUCCUAA